GUUUCUUGGGGCAGCAGGCAAAUCGGAGUACAGUGCAGCGUCUCUGUUAGAUCAUUCGCGUCUCUCUAUUCGCGCAGUGUAUUGUAUACGAGUCCUUGCUUACGGAUUGCUUAUGGGGUACAGCUUCGAACGAUAAACGCGCGGGAUAAUAUCAGAGACGUUGAGAAGAUAAAAGUUCGAGUAUCUCGAGUCCAGAGAUAAAUAGCGAAUAUUUUGAUACAACAUAACCGGCCCAAGCCCGGUUUUUUCUGAUCGCGGCACGCACACCGGCUGGACGGCCGCCUUUGUCUCCGUAUACACGAGAAAUUUUAGUGGCAUAAAGCAAUAAAAAUGUCAGAUGAAAACUCAUCCAUCGUCGAAGAACAAAAGAAGAAGCGAGGCAGGCCUUCGAAAACAGAUAAAAAUGCAGUCAAGGAACCGAAGAAGAGGGGGAGACCUGCCCUAGACAAAAAUAAUGCCAUGCGUGCUGCGAAAUCUGAUAAUGAGGAUGAUGCAUCUCCCACACCUGUGAAAAAGGCCAGGGGACGACCAAAAGGUUCUCACAAAAAAAAGCAAGGAUCUCCCAAAGUCCCUUCAGGAAGGGGUCGCGGAAGACCAAAAAAGAAAGAAGAGAAACCAGAAAGCACUGGUGAAGAAGAAGAUGAGCAAGAGGAGGAGGAGGAGGAGGAAGAAGAAAAUUGAAUAUGAUACAACAAUUUUAAUGUAACAAUCUUAUUCUUUGAAUGUUUUUGAGAAGCUGAUAAAUUUAAAGAUUUUAUGUUCGCUUUUUACGUCAUAAUCUGCAGAACAGAAUAGUAAAAACGUUUAAUUUAUGACAAUUAUAUCUUAAAAGAAAAAAGAGAAAUAUGCACAUAAAACUUGCGUUAAGAAUACACAUUCACUUUUCUUAUUGGUACAUCUCUUUGUUUAUUAUUGAAAUUAGAGUGUAUUGGAUCGUUAAAAGAAUUUUAACAUUUCUGAUCUCAUGCAUUACUUUUUAAGUAAGUGAAACGAACAAAUUUUCCUAUAUGUGACGAAAUAUGUUAAUUGCCUCUUUUAUUUACUUGUUAUCAUUUUUAGAGUUAAAAUUUAUUUAACAGACUCGAAGAACGUUAAAAUUAAAGCAAAAUAAAAAAUGAAAAACUUUGAAUAUAUCAUAUACAAAGAUUACUCCUUUCAAUUACACUUGAAUAUGUGAACAUUAACAUUGUUCUUGAGGCAAGCAUAUGUGUGAAUGUCAAAUUUGUAUUAAAGUAAAUAAACUUGUAGAGUGACUCUCUUAACUCCUGUAUUGUAUACAUAUAUUCUGUUUUCCAUUAUACACUUUAUAUGUCAGAUAAAAUGGUUAUAACUCUGAUUUUUGUAAUUAGAUUACACGUUUAAAAAGAUACUCUAAGCAUUUUAAUUAAAUCUUAAAAAUUAUAAUUAA